AUGCGCACGGCGGAACGCGUCGCGGAAUCGCACGCGGUGUACAUGCAGCAGGCGAUGCGCGCGGCGGAGUUUCGCACGAACACGAUGGGGAUGCUGCUCCCGAGCAGCAAGCGGCAGUGGAUGGCGACGCAGGAAAAGUUCAACGCCGCCGACGUCGCCGAGGAGGCGCUCAACAAGGCGCGUUCCGUCGUUUAUCUCACACUGAUAAAAAACGGGACGCCGAAAUCCACCGGGUCGCUCGAGGAGGUGCAACAGGAGAUGCUCGAACGGCGACAGAAGCGGCACAGGGAGCGGCUCGGACGCGUCGCCGUCGCCGCCGCCGCGUUCGCGGUGGCGACCGUGCACGCGAACGCGGCGGCGGCGAAAGCCGCGGAGAUGGAGGAGGAGAAGCAGAAGCACAUCAGGCGCGUAUUCUAUCUCGCACUGGUCCCCAUACGACCGCGUCGGCGUUGUGAACUUCAUUCCUUGAGGACUUUCUCUCCCGAGGAGCAAGAGGCGUUGGAUAAGCUCGCGUUCUUCAAGGUCAUCACGGAUUACUUCUCUCCCGUGUACUUCAUGUCCGACGAAGAGAAGCGACGGCGCGAGGAGAUUCGCAUGCGGAAGCAGAGCGCGCGCGCGGAAGAGGCGAGGAAGCGCGCCGCGGAGGAGGAGGCGGAGCAGUACCACGAGCGCGAGGCGAAAAAGACGCAGCGCGCGUGGGCGGCUCGCGCCGCGGAGAGAGACGCCAUGGACGAGAUCACCGCCGCGUUCGACGACGCCGAGCGCGUCGUCCUCAAGACGCUGCGGCGCGUCGCGCAGGACGCGCGCGCGGAGGCGAAAGCGCUGGGGGUGAGCUUGAUCGACCGCCCCGCGCGUUUGAAAGAGGGCUCGCCGUCGUUUGAAAGGGUCUUCGGCGCGGUGAAGGAGGCGCGAUCGCGGACCAAGGCGGCGUUGGAAAACGUCAAGAGUCGCGCGCUCGGCGAGAUUUUCGCCGCGCAAGAGGCGGGGUUCGUGACGGAGACGUGGCGGAAGCAGUCGGACUCGCGGUACCGCGCGUUCUGCGGGCUGCUUCAGUCGCUGCUUCAGAGUUUCGAGAAGGCGACGGCGGCGGUGGUGGCGAAUCCGGAGGCGCCGGCGGAGCCCGAGUCGCACUUCGACGUCGGGCACAGGUUCAGCACGUUGUCCGCGGAGGUGGACAUACCGAAGGGCCUCGCCGCGGACACGAUGACGCUCCUGAUGCCGAUCGCGAAGGAGCUCACGCGAGAUGCCGCGGAGACGCGAGAGGCGAUCGCGGUGGCGGCGGCGGACCAGACGGUGCCGUUGCGUCACUGCCUCAAACGCGCCGACGACGCGAUUCGCGCGUCCAUCAAGCGCGCGUUGAAACCGUUGUGCGCGGGGGUGAAAUCCGGGCGCGCGUACGGCGAGGUGUCGAAACAAGCCAGGAACGCGAUGUUCAACGUCAUCACCGGCGCGGAGUACGAAGUAACGGCCGCGUUGAAGGCGUUAAAACCCGCGGCGGUGUACGCCGUGUGGGCGACGGUGAACACGUCGCCGAAACCCGCGGGGUUCGUCGUCGGCGGCGAACGCAUGGACGAGCAGAUCCGGAAAGUUCGCGUCGAGCUCGCGAGGUAUAAAAACUCCCUCGAACGCGUCAUCGCGUCCGUCACCGUCGCCCUCGGCGACGCCCUGUGCACGGACAAGAACCCCGCGGACGGCGAGGAGGGCGAGGGCCCGUACGUCGACGCGCCGCCCGCGCCGGCGCGGAUGCUCAACGGCCUCCUCCCCGUCGUGCGGAAGAUGCGACGCGUCGCGGAGGGUUGGAGCGGGCUCGUGGACGACGUCGCGAGCGCGGAGGCGGGCGCGACAGGCGGGUUCCCGUCCACGGUCGCGGUGGACCUCGUAUCCGUCGCGGGGUUCGCGCGCCGCGCGCUGGAAGCCGCGGGAGACGACGCGAAGGUGGUGAUGACGGCGUGCGCGUGCGAUCCGCCGCCGCGGGAGAAGACGGACGCGGAGCUCAUGGAGGAGGAGGAGGGCGAGAAGGACCCGAACGCGCCGCGGAAGAAGGAGACGAUCGAGCUCGAGGCGAAGGCUGCCGCGGACGGCAUCGUGGACGCCGCGACGGCGACGGCGAACAAGAUCACCGCGCUCGCCGCGUCGUUGAAGGACGCCGUCGCGGACCCCACCGCCGGGGACGACCAGGACGCGGAGUUCUUCUUGGACCCCGAGGACGCGGUGCCGACGCCCAAGUCGCUCGCGGACGUCCAAGCGUUAACUGCCGCCGCGCGGGCGUUACAAAUCGCCAUGCGCGACGUCUUCGACGACCUCGCGGAGGAUGUCCGCGACGCGAGUCUCGUGACGCGCGACGCGAUGCCCGAGUUGCCCGAGGAGGCGGCGAUCGAAGUCGGCAGCGACAGCGGGCAGGCGUUGGACGAGGGCGGCGGCGAGAGCGACGACGACGACGAGGGCGGCGGCGGCGGCGUCAUCCCGGCGUUCGGCGCGAAGGCGAAGAAGGAUGCGAAGGGAAAUCUCGUGAAGAAAAAGAAAGGCGGCGACGACGACGACGAGGAGGAGGAGGAGGAGGAGGAUGUCGUGGCGAUGGCGAAACUUCGCCGCGCGCGAAUGGCGGCGCAGGCGCGACGCGACCUCGGCGAAGCCGCCAUCGCCGCCAUGCGCGACGCGGAGACGACCGCGAAGGAAGUCAUCGAGUCCGCGAUGCGCGACGCCGGCGCGGCGAUGUUCGCCGCGCUCGACGCGGAGGACACGCGGUGGCGGCGGCUGCCGCACCCGCCGUGCCCCGGCGUCGUCCACCUGGGCGUCGCCGCCGCCGCGGCGGCGGCCGCCGCCGCCGCGCUCCCCGAGGAGGACAAGGACGUCGAGGACGAGUGGGAGGCGGACUCGGUGAACGGGAUCGGCGUCCAGACGGACGGCGGGCCGAGAGAGGACGCGGAGGAGGAGGAGGAGGAGGAGGAGGAGGAAGCCGCGCCGUCCGAGCCGGAGACGUUGCCGUCGCAGAAGCCGGGCUGGCGCGCGCCGCGAGAUAUCUACCUCCUCCUCCGCACGUACUUCCAGAGCCGUAAGGGCGGCCUCAAGGCUGCGGUGCUCGACAUGGAUAAGCUCGAGAAGGGCGGCUUAUCGCGCGGGGAGCUUCGGUACCUCGUCGUGCAAGCUGUCCCGGACGUCACGAUCCGAGAGUUGAGGCACUUCGAGGUGGAAGUCGCGGACGUGCGGAGCGGCGAUUGCGACGGCGACGGCGAGGGCGAGGCAGAGGGCGCCGUCGUCGUGAGUUUGGAGGCGCUGAGGGACCGCGUGCGGAGCGCGCAGAGGGCGCACAAGGCGGCGAGGGCGAGAAUGGCGCUCGGGAACGCGCCGCCGCCGCCGGACGCCGCGGAUGGUGCCGAUGGGGGUGCCGAUGCCACCGCCGCCGCGGCCGCGCCGUCGUCCGUCGCCGGAGAGAGCGAAGCGUCCGCGCCGCCGCCGUCGAAGAAGCCUCCGACGAAGAAACCGCUGCCGCCGUCCAAGGGCGGCCCAAAACCGCCGCCGCCGCCGCCGACGCACCGCCCCCCCGACGUCCGCGGCCUCGACCGCGCUUUAUCCGCGCUUCGAGACGCGUUCGAGCGCGAGGGCGACGACCUCACCGCGCGCGCGCUCUUCGAUCGCUUCGACGGCGACGGCGACGGGUUGCUCGACGCGGACGAGUUUCGAGUUUUGUGCCAGACGCUCGUGCCGUCGUUUAGCCCGGCGGAGACGCGGUUCGCGCUCGCGCACGUGUUCGAACGCAUCGAAGCGGACCCGGACGAGGACAUCAUGGGCGAGCUCGCGAUCGUGCAUCUGAUGAAGACGUCGCCGCCCGCGCACGGGACGAUUCCGUUCGUCGCGUUCGAGGAGGCGAUCAAGAGUUUAGGGCACCGAGACGAGGAGUGA